AUGCACCAUAAACGGCUCCUUUCAGGCCCUUUCAGAGCGGGAGCGCGGAGGUCACCGUGUCUACAAACCCCUCUGUGUCCGCCACGUCUCCUGGGCCCUGGGCGCUCGGGCCUCCAGCCGCAGAGCACGCCUGCCCGUGGGAAUCCCAACACUUGUGCUCCGAGAGGCCGGCGGGGCGGGGGCGGGGGCGGGGGAGUGGGACCACCCGGCCCUCCCCCAGCCCGGACUCCCCCGCCCUCCCCGCCGCUCGUUCACAGAGCGCAGCGAGUGGAACGAAUUGGGUGCGCCGUCCUCAGACGCUGGCGGAAAUCAAAUGAUAAGGCGAGGUGGGACACCCGCUCUCCGCCCCGCGGCCGACGCCCACCCCACGGCAAAGGUAUCACGCGGUGUCCCGCCUCGCGGCGACGCGAGCGGCGGGAUGACUCGGCCUGGGCCCUGGCGCAGCCGAAGGCCCGGCUCGCUGGGGCGCGAAACCAGCUCGGCGCGCACAGCCCUCCGAGUGCCAGAACCCGCGGCGCAGCGAGAAGUGAACAGCGGCCGCCUGAAUGGCGGUUUCAAAAGGCGACACCUGCAAGCGCGGCCGGUUGUGAAUUGAAUUGA